AUGAGUGACCAGUACUCGAUUGUGCCGAGGAUCAGGUACAAUACCGUCGGCGGUAUCAACGGUCCUCUGGUCGUUCUCGACAAUGUCAAAUUCCCCAAAUUCAACGAGAUUGUGACGCUCACUCUGCCUGAUGGCACGGAGCGAUCCGGCCAGGUCCUCGAGGCCCGAGGUGACCGCGCCGUCGUCCAGGUCUUUGAGGGAACGUCCGGUAUCGAUGUCAAGAAGACCAAAGUUGAAUUCACCGGCCACAGCUUGAAGAUUGGAGUCUCCGAGGACAUGAUGGGUCGCAUCUUUGACGGUUCGGGUCGUGCCAUCGACAAGGGCCCUGCGGUCCUGGCCGAGGACUACCUCGACAUCAACGGCUCCCCCAUCAACCCCUACUCCCGUGAAUAUCCCGAGGAGAUGAUCUCGACCGGUAUCUCGGCCAUUGAUACGAUGAACUCUAUUGCCCGUGGUCAGAAGAUUCCCAUCUUCUCGGCCGCCGGUCUCCCCCACAACGAGAUCGCCGCCCAGAUCUGCCGACAGGCCGGCCUGGUCCAGAAGCAGGGUAUCACUAACAAGGGCACCCACGACGGCCACGAGGACAACUUCUCCAUCGUAUUCGGUGCCAUGGGUGUCAACCUCGAGACUGCCCGUUUCUUCACCCGUGAUUUUGAGGAGAACGGCUCGCUGGAGCGUACCACCCUCUUCCUCAACCUUGCCAACGACCCUACUAUCGAGCGUAUCAUUACUCCUCGUCUCGCCCUUACGACUGCAGAGUACUACGCCUACCAGCUGGAGAAGCACGUCCUGGUCAUCCUUACCGAUCUUUCGGCCUACUGCGACGCCCUCCGUGAGGUGUCUGCCGCGCGCGAGGAGGUUCCAGGUCGCCGUGGAUACCCCGGUUACAUGUACACGGAUCUGUCGACGAUUUACGAGCGCGCUGGUCGUGUGACGGGCCGCAACGGAUCGAUCACGCAGGUGCCCAUCCUGACGAUGCCCAACAACGACAUCACGCACCCGAUCCCCGAUCUGACGGGCUACAUCACCGAGGGCCAGAUCUUUGUGGACCAGGCCAUGCACAACCGCGGCAUCUACCCGCCGAUCAACGUGCUGCCAUCCCUGUCCCGUCUGAUGAAGUCGGCCAUCGGCGAGGGAAUGACGCGCCGCGACCACGGCGACGUGUCCAACCAGCUGUACGCCAAGUACGCCAUCGGCCGCGACGCCGCCGCCAUGAAGGCCGUCGUCGGCGAGGAGGCGCUGUCGAGCGAGGACAAGCUGUCGCUCGAGUUCCUCGAGAAGUUUGAGCGCCAGUUCAUCGCCCAGGGCGCGUACGAGUCGAGGAGCAUCUACGAGUCUCUCGACCUCGCAUGGAGCCUCCUCCGCAUCUACCCGAAGGAGCUGCUCAACCGUAUCCCCGGUAAGGUGCUCAACGAGUACUACCAGCGUGCGCACAAGGACGCCAAGGCCAAGGGCAAGGCCAGGGCCGACGUCGAGGCCGCCAACAAGAAGCAGGCCGAGGAGAACCUCAUUGAUGCGUAA